AUGGCGGCCCCGGAGCCCGGCGUCGGCAGCUACGGGAGGAGCGAGGCGGGGCCCCGCGGGGAGAGGGAGAGGCAGCCGCCUCAGGCCGCCGGGGGCCCGGUCCCGGUCCGCAGGGGCCUGGUCUCCCCGCCGCCGCCCCCGCCGCUCUGCCUGAGGCGGCGUGUGAGGCUCCAGCCGGGGCCCGAGGAGACCGUGCAGAGCCGGGUGACACUGGAGAAAGUACUGGGCAUUACAGCCCAAAACAGCAGCGGCUUAACGUGUGACCCAAACACAGGCCACAUUGCCUACCUGGCUGGCUGUGUGGUGGUGAUCUUAGACCCCAAGAAGAAUGAGCAGCAGCACAUCUUUAAUACUGCCAGGAAAGCCCUGAGUGCACUUUCCUUCUCUCCUGAUGGGAGAUACAUCGUGACCGGUGAGAAUGGACACAGGCCGGCAGUUCGGAUUUGGGAUGUGGAGGAGAAGAGCCAGGUGGCAGAGAUGCUGGGCCACAAGUACGGCGUGGCAUGUGUGGCCUUCUCGCCAAACAUGAAGCACAUCGUGUCCAUGGGUUAUCAGCAUGACAUGGUGGUGAACGUCUGGGACUGGAAGAGAGACAGCGUGGUUGCCUCCAACAAGGUGUCAUGUAAGGUCAUCGCCAUCUCGUUUUCUGAGGACAGUAGCUACUUUGUGACCGUGGGCCAUCGGCACGUCAAGUUCUGGUUCUUGGAGGUGUCCAGGGAAGCAAAGGUGACUGGCACAGUGCCCCUGGUGGGGCGCUCUGGCAUCCUGGGAGAGCUGCACAACAAUGUCUUUUGUGGCGUCGCCUGCGGAAGGGGCAGGAUGGCGGGCAACACCUUCUGUGUGUCCUACUCGGGUCUCCUCUGCCAGUUUAAUGAGAAGAGAGUCCUAGAAAAGUGGAUCAACCUAAAGGUCUCCCUUUCAUCAUGCCUGUGUGUCAGUGAGGAUCUGAUCUUCUGCGGCUGCACUGAUGGGACAGUACGCAUCUUCCAGGCACAUGACAUGCAUUAUGUGACCAACUUAGCCAGGCCCCACUACCUGGGCGUAGAUGUGGCCCAAGGCCUGGAUCCCAGCUUCCUCUUCUGUAGGAAGGCACAGUCAGUCUACCCAGACACAGUGGCACUGGCUUUUGACCCAUGCCACCACUGGCUCUCAUGUGUGUACAAGGACCACAGCAUCUACGUCUGGGACAUCCAAGACCUCACCAAAGUGGGCAAAGUGUGGUCUGAUCUCUUCCACAGUUCCUACGUCUGGAAUGUCGAGGUCUACCCGGAGUUUGAAGACCAGAGAGCCUGUUUGCCCUCAGGAUCCUUUCUGACCUGCUCCUCAGACAACACCAUCCGCUUCUGGAACAUGGACAACAGCCCAACCUCUGGCCGUCCCAAGAAUGUUUUCAGCAACAACCUACUAAAGGUGGUAUAUGUGGAAAAUGACAUCCAGCACCUGCAGGACAUAUCCCACUUCCCAGACCGGGGGAAUGAGAACGGGACUCCUGUGGACGUGAAGUCGGGAGUUAGGGUCAUGCAGGUCAGUCCUGAUGGUCAGCACUUGGCCUCAGGCGACCGGAGUGGAAAUCUGAGGAUUCAUGAGCUCAGGUUCAUGGAUGAGCUGAUUAAGGUGGAAGCCCAUGAUGCAGAAGUUUUGUGUUUGGAAUAUUCCAAGCCUGAGACUGGGGUGACAUUGCUGGCCUCUGCCAGUCGAGACCGACUCAUCCAUGUGCUCAACGUGGAGAAGAACUAUAACCUAGAGCAAACCCUGGAUGACCAUUCUUCCUCCAUCACGGCCAUCAAGUUUGCAGGGAACAGAGACAUCCAGAUGAUCAGCUGUGGAGCUGACAAAAGCAUCUACUUCCGCAGUGCCCAGAAGGUUUCUGAUGGCCUUCAUUUUGUACGUACCCAUCAUGUGGCAGAGAAGACCACCCUGUAUGACAUGGACAUUGACAUCACUCAGAAGUAUGUAGCUGUGGCCUGUCAGGACAGGAAUGUGAGAGUCUACAACACGGUCAAUGGCAAACAGAAGAAAUGCUACAAGGGCUCUCAGGGGGAUGAUGGCUCCUUGCUGAAGGUGCAUGUGGACCCUUCAGGCACCUUCCUAGCCACCAGUUGCUCUGAUAAGUCCAUCUCAGUGAUUGACUUCUAUUCUGGAGAGUGCAUUGCCAAGAUGUUUGGACAUUCAGAAAUUGUCACAGGCAUGAAGUUUACUUAUGACUGUCGUCACCUAAUCACUGUCUCUGGAGAUAGCUGUGUGUUUAUCUGGCAGCUGGGCCCAGAGAUCACCAACUGCAUGAAACAGCACUUGAUGGAAAUCGAUCACAUUGAGCAACAGAAGAAAAUGAAAGAGAGAGAAUGGUCCAACCAGCUGAGACGGGAGACUUAUGUGUCAAUGCCCAGUGGGACUUGUUCUCUGAGCCCUGGAGAGCAGACAGAGGAUGAGCUGGAAGAGGAGUGUGAACAAGAGGAGCUGCUGAAGACCCCCGCCAAGGACAGCUUUGAGACAGAUCCCCGAUGCCUGUUGACCAAUGGCAAGCUUCCUCUCUGGGCAAAACGCUUGCUGGGAGACGAUGAUGUGGACCCGGCCACAUUCCAUGCCAAGCGGAGCUACCAGCCUCAUGGCCGCUGGGCAGAACGGGCAGACAGAGAGCCCAUCAAGACCAUUCUGGAUGCCCGCGACCUGAAUUACUAUUUCAGCCCUGUGAACCCAGAUGUGCUGGACGACUCGGGCCUGGAGAAGGUGGAGCCGCAGAGUCUGGCCCACCUGCUCACGGAGACAGAGGGCCAAGAGGACCAAAGCCAGACAGAGGGUGAUUUCCGGUGUCCUGACUUCCUCCAAUUGGAUCUGGAGUCUCCUAAGGCGAGUGACAUCAUCAUUUAUACUGUGGAGCCAGAGGCCAUCCCAGACAGCAGUGAGUAUCAUCUGAAAGAAGUGGACGUCUCCCCCUGUCAGCUGGGCAGUGGUUAUCUUCGAGUCAACUCAGUUCUGACUGGGGAUCUGAGCAGCCGUGCCCUGGUGCACCAGCUUGGAGGUGGGGAGUCACUGGAGUCCCAGGCUGAAACUGAAGUGGAGACUGUUGACUUGGGAGGAAGCUUCAAAGCCAUUCACUCCUCAUCCCCCCAGGCCAAGGCCGAGAAGAGCCCGUUUGAGCCCAUCCCCUUAGUCCCAGAGAGCGCAUCGGAAGUAGAGCUUGCCACACCCGAGGGUCCCCUGCCUCCCAGCAGCUCUUUGCCACAGACACCAGAGCAGGAGAAGUUUCUUAGACACCAUUUUGAAACCCUCACUGAUGCCCAUCCUGAAGAGGUGUUUAAUGGUUCCCUGAAGGAUGUGGAGCCCCCAGAGGCGGAUGCUGAUUCCGAGAAACACUUCUUCCUCAAUCCUCGCCUGAGCAUUUCUGCCCAGUUUCUUUCUAGAUUCCAGAAAAAUCCCAGGUUUGCACACACCUUCCCACCUACACUGCCCCUUCAGUUAGUGAAGCCCCUGGAAGGUGUGGCGCUUCGUCGGGAAGGGGUCGAGGCCCAGAGGACCGACAGGAGCUAUGGUGCAGCAGAUGCCACCGAUGGACUCCCUGGAGAGAAGGCAGCUGAGAGCCCAGAGACCCCAGUGCCUGUGUCCUGGUGUCCGCUGGUCUCUGGCCUCAGCAGCAUAGUGCCAGGCCCACCCCCUGAGGCUUUCCCAGGCCUCCCCUUGGAGAAAGACAGGGAAAUGAAGCCAAAGCAGUCCCCUCCACUGCCCUCCACCCUGUCCCGAGGCAGCAGAGACCCACGAAACUCCCAGGCCUGUUCCUACGUGGAGGUCACCACAAGCUCCCAAGCAAAGAUGUCACGAAGCGUAUCUCUUGGAGAAAACUUCACCCCUACCCUGACAGAGCCCCCACGAUCUCUGGAUGGCUUAAGGAGGCCCCUGUCAAUGGGAGAACUCUCAACAUUGGGACCAGAUGGUCUGCCAAGCAGGGCCAAAGAGCUGAAUAGCAUGGAGGGGAGUCGGCCUCUGCCCCUCUGGGGUAAUCAUGAAGCUCGAGCUGGCCUGAGGCUGGACCUGCCCAGCAUCUGUGACCAGCUCCUGAUGCCUCCCCAGCCCCCAGCCCCAGCCCCCGGGCCUCCUGGGACAGGCCUGGGGAGAGGCUGGGCCAAGGGCUCCCUGGCCACAGUGGAGGCUGCCCCACCAGCGUUCCUGGUCAGUGAUGCUCCUGAGAUGAAGGACAUGAGCCUCUACGAGCCCGGCUUCCGACAGGCUGAGUCACCAAUGCAGGCCCACACCAAGGGACCAGCUUCCAUAGAAUCUCGGGGGCCCAGGGGCACCGCAUCUGAAGCCCCCCUCUUGGAAUCCCUCCCUGUCCCCCAGCUCAGCAUGAGCAAUGCGGAACGUGUUACCCAGAAGCUGCAGCGGAGCUUCCAGGAGGCCCUGGACCUUUACAACCUGGUAGUUUCCGGCCCCCGCAUGAGCGGGGAACAGCAGCAAGUCCAAGCAGAAUUGUCAUCUACCUUCCUGUGGAUACAGGGCCAGCUGGAAGCUGUGGCCUGGCUUGGGGGGGAGGAGGUGGCCCAAUCCCCAUCCUUACCCUUGUCCCCAGCCCCCUCUCCGGCGCAGGGCCUGGCUCUGGCCCCGGCCCGCACCUGGACCCUUUCCCCUUCCCCCGCAGCAAGCCCAGCCCCAGGCCUCCCGUCCCCUCUGCUGUGGUCCUUGCCCAGCUCAGAAGUCCGGGCCCUGCUGGAACACUACUCGGAGCUGUUGGUGCAGGCUGUUCGAAGAAAGGCAGGGGCGGGUGGCAGGGAGAUGACGGCGGGGCAGGGGAGAAGGGCCUGAGCAUCCUCUGACACCACUACCCUUUCUGGGGGUCAAGAGCCAUACCACUGACAU